AUGAAUACCCCCAUCGAUCCAGUUGCAAGCAGUGAAUCAAAGGUUUUAGAUGCUUUGAAAUCAAGAUACACUUGCAUACAUGAACCUCUGCCUGUUUCUGCUUCUGCUGAUUAUUAUUAUUAUUCUGCUAGUCCAGAUAAUAAUAAUAACAAUCAAAGAUAUCUAACCUCACUUAGGGUUUUUGGCAGUAGAGAGGCUGAACAACCACAACCGCCUCUACCUACCAGUUCGUCUAAUCUGGUGGUGGAUCAAAAUAUCAUAGACCCACAGAUAAUUAAAGAGAAGGUUACAGCUGCACUUAAGGUUUUAAGUUUCCGUGAGCCACGUGUGCUUGUUCAGUUUUGGUCGCCUGUUGCUGUCAUGAAGCGGUGCUUGCUAACGACUUUGGACCAACCUUUUGGUCUUGGUGCGAUUGACGAAGGCCUUUACAAGUAUAGGUUGGAAUCUGAGCAGCGCGUGUUUGUCGUGGAUGGGGAGCAUAGAGAAGAACUAGGCCCUCCUGGUCGUGUUUAUCGCCAAAAGUUGCCAGAAUGGAGUUUGGACAUGCAUGGGUAUAUCAAUUUGCCUGUAUUUGAACCUCGCAGUGGUUGCUGUGUAGGCGUACUCGAACUCAUAACAUCAUCAAAGUAUACUGAUUAUGCUUUCGAGGUUCGACAAGUCUCAAGAGCACUGAAGGAAGAGAAUCUGAAGUCUCCAAACGUGCUUGAGGAUACGAGCUUUUACGCACGUGCUGGAGAUGAAAAACGGCAACUUGAAUUGGAUGAAAUCUUCAGGACUUUAAAGACAGUAUGCGAUAUUCAUAAUAUACCUCUAGCUCAGACGUGGGGUCCGUGUGGAUACAGUAGUGUCGUUGCCAGUUCCGGAAAUCUAGAAAGAAGUUGUAGUAGCUUUAGUAGAAACUGUAUAGGGAAAGUCUGCAUGUCAACCGCUGCUCUACCGUUCUACGUACGAGAUUUGAGCAUGUGGGGAUUCCACGAAACCUGUAGAUCGCGACACCUGGACAACUCCCAAGGAAUUGUUGGAAGAUCAUUGUCGUCUCACGGUUUAUGUUUUUGUGGAGAUGUAAGCAAACUCGGUGAAGAUGAAUACCCCUUGGUUGCGUAUGCACGUAUGCAUGGAAUAACUAGUUGUUUAGCUAUCUAUCUCAAGGGUCCUGAAGUGGACGGUGAAUAUGUUAUAGAGUUAUUUCUAUCAACACAGAAUGAAAACGAGACAGACCUACAAAGUUUAGUGAAAACCGUUAAACAGCAUUUAAAAAAUGCUUCUAGGAUAGAACUAGGUGAUAUAUCGUCACCGCAAGUCAUCGGGGGAAUUCCGCUUACUUGGAAUCUCGAGUCUCCAACUUUGACUGAAAAACGAGAGGUGCCACCAGACUUGGAAAAUCUAAAUCUACUGGCAGAGAACGGAAAUAAUGACUGCAAUGUUGACGUCGCAUGCUCAAAGCAGCCGAGUGAAUCAAAUCAUGUGGAUCAUAUGGAUGAAGAUAAGCCAUCAAAUUCUGCUGCUGCAGGAGCAAACGAGAAGGAUGUUGAUAUUAACGCAGGGGGAUUGCUGAUAAAAGAAAUUGAUUAUUCCGAACAAUCAAUUAGAAAAAAGAUAAUUAGUUUAGAGGAAGAUAAGCCAUCAAAUUCUGCUGCUGCGGGAACAAACCCGAACGUUGUUGUUCCUUAUAUGGAUGUAGGGACUCAGGAUGUUGAUAUAAAUACAGGGAAAAGGAGUGGGAAAUACAUUGACUUUUCGAACGAACCAAUUAGAAAAAGGAAGAGAACUGACAAGUCAAUUAGUUUAGAGGAAAUUAGAAAAUAUUACGGAAAAACGAUGGAGGAAGCUGCAGAGAGCCUUCAUGUCAGCAGGUCUACUUUAAAGCGCAUUUGCAGGAGUCAUGGUAUACCAAGGUGGCCAUAUAGCCGGACUCCCAAUGAAACCGACCCCCUUCUAAAUCCGGAUCAAACAGAUGCCGCCGCCCAUGCAUCUGACAGAGCUCUUACGACCCUGGUUCUAGGCACUUCUAAUGCAACAAACGCUACUCAUGAUCCUGCCACUCUUACACAACACAAUAAGCAUACGUCCCAACUUGUACUGCACCCGACGGAACGAAAAGAUCCGCCUGACGGACGUGCGAAGCCUGAGACAACCGUCAAAGACAAGCAUAUCAAGAAUGCUGCAGCAAACACGUAUACGAUUAAGGUAACAUACAGAAAGGAUACCGUGAAGUUUUCAUUUAGACUUUCAGAUGGACUGGCAAAGUUGGAGAAGCUGGUUGCAACACGGUUCCAGCUAAGCGAGGGAAGCUUUAGCCUGAAAUAUGAAGAUGAAGAUGGUGAUAUAAUAUUGAUUGCAUGCGACAAUGACUUGACUGCAUCAUUGGGUGCUUUUAGACAACCAGAUGCUCAGACUGUGGUUAGGCUAUCGGUUUGGCCCGUUGCCAGUCAGAACCCUGAUGCUUAGACCUUAGAGUUAUAAAAAUUACGGUGCCCCUUACGGAGUCAUUAAGAGGACUGACUUGGCUUAGCUUGAUGGGUUGGUGGUAGUGGGUCGAGGAGGUGGUGCGUGAGUGGCCGGCUGAGGCUGUUAGGGGUGAGCAAAGCCCAGGAACCGACCCGACCCAAAACCCGAGAAUUAUAAAAUUAAAGAACCGAAGACCGGCCCUAAAGGCUAUCUCGGGUAUUGGUUCCAGCAGCAUUCGGGUUGAUCGGUUUUCACCAAAAAACCGAACCCGAUUAUCAUAACACCAAACUCGAUGAAUUUAAUUCCAAGUUGAAUCCGUUUGGUUCCAGAUUACACCAAACUCGUUCCAUUUCUUCUAGAUUUGAAGGUAUGUGAAGCAAACGUCUUUAUUGUGGUUCAAAAAUACUAUUAUCUAACCCAAUUUGUAUUACUUUCAUCAAAUUCGGAAAGAAGACAACAAACAAUAGUCGUCAAUUGAUGAAAGCAGCAGCAAACAACUGAAGAAGAUGAUCUAUUACAGAGAUUGUAAGUUCUGUUGUUUAGAACUUGAAAAGUAUAGAAACUAUAUUCCAUCUAAAUGCAGUCAUCACUAUAUCCCUAAUUAUCUACGUUACGGGCCACCCACCUGGGCUGGGCACGUCCUAUUCUUUAAGGUUCUUGGACUGAAACCGACCUGAACCCGAAAUGGGAUGAAAAGCAUAACCAAAAUGAAUACCUACUUACGACCCGAUAUUUGCUCACCUGAUAUAUGGAUAAAGAGGUAAAAUUUUCAUUCAGCAUUAACAAACUGACUGAUUUAGAGGUAUCCUGUCACUGUCACUGAAUUAAACAUAGUUAGUAGUGCUGACUCAUUUAGAAGUAGCCUUUUAAUUUUUUUUUUUGAACGGCAAAUUUCUUUUAUUCCUUGUUGUCUAUGAGACUUGAAACCAAGACCUCCCGCUCUCCCAAAGUGUUUAAAGGUUUUGCCUUUACCAAUGGAGCACCAUCCCAUUAGGUAGCCUUUUAAUUGAAUCAUUAAAAGGUUACGUAAAACGGUAAACAGUUAAGUUGUUAUUUUAACUCAAAAAUAUAAUAAAAUGAAGGGUUAUUGGAUUUUAUCACCCUCAACUAUCGACCUUUGGCCGUUGCCACCCCCCAACUAACACUUUGACGCCCGGCACCUCCAACUUGACAUUCAGGUUGUGCUGGCAGCACUCUGUUAACAAAUCAUUAACUCUGUUAGUUUUAAUCCUACGUGUCACCACCUUGCUUACCUGGACAUCAUUACGUGGCGAUUAUGUGUCAAGCCCCUUCAUCUCCUUCCUUUCCUUUAUAACACAACAGAUGAUAAACGAACCCUAAUUUCCUCAUCAAGCAACCGUUCUCUCAUCGAAUCAAGCCCAAUUGAAGCAUAUGUUCAAAUCGUUAAAGUGAUACACACAACCUAAGUACUAAUCGACAUGAGUUCCUCUUCCAAUUCUUCAUGGAGUGUGAACCGAACCCCUAAAAUAUUCAAGGUCGAUUUGGAUGGAAACUUGUAUUGUCAUCAUGAAAUUGUUCCUGUUCUUCGCAUGGCUGGACGAAAAAGUAUUCGAUAUGGUGAUCAAUUUUAUGGUUGCCCUCAAUGGCCCUUAUCCGAUUGCAAGUUCUUUAUGUGGAAACAAGAUUUCGACAAAUUAUUUGAAGCUCAUUCAAAUUGCAGUUCAAGUCCUGUAAGUUACGAAGAGUUGAAGAAUGAGAAUUUGCAAUUGCAGAACAAGUUGUUAUUAGAAGAGAACAAGAUGCUGAAAAGUCAAAUUCAUGGUAAAGAGUCCACGUGGAAGCAACCAUUUGUGUUUACUCUGUUUUUUUGUCAUUGCCAUAUGGAUGUACAUGUUGAAGUAGUCAUUGAAUUUGGUUGUACGAUAUUGAACUUAUGAAUGAAAAACCAGAAUUCCCUUAUUGCA